UGGCGCGCAAGACCCAGUAGCGCAGUAGUAGUAUUAGUAGUUACUAGUAUACUAUUGAACCUUUGCCUUGUCUACCUACCUGCAUCCUCCUGCAUGAACUCACGGACCGCGGUUCGAAUGUCGGCCAAGAUUGGAGGCACUGGCAACGUGGUCACAGACCCACUCGUGUCGUACAUGGCUCGAACGGGCACGACCAGCUUGACUACAUCUACGGACAAGUAACAACUAGUACUCAGUAGUAAUAACCAUCAACUCUUACUUGUGACAAAAGCUGCGUCCCACGUUGCCGACUCUUCCCAGCAAGGUGCGGUGAAUUGCACGGGAAUGUGCAGCCGCCGACAUGCGUUCAAAACAAGAUGCCGAGAGCUUCCGUGCAAAAUAUCGUCGUGGUCGGCGGCGGUGAACAGAGUGCCCUGCCUCCACACGAAGAAGUUGGUGAUGAGACCUUCCAGGAGCUCGGUGCGCGGCGUCGUGUCCGCAUUGGUGGUGGUGCGGCGUUGCAAGAUCACUUCCCCAAACGGCUCCUUGAGACCCACAGAGGUGGCAAAGCUGCGCGCAUACUCUUCGAUUGGAACGCGGUCUUGGAUCCAUUGGACGUGCUUGAUGUGCGCGCGGGCCCGUGGCGCACCAUGGACGAGCACAUCGAUGGGCAACACGUCGCCCUUGUCGUCCAGUCGAAGUCUAGGCAUCUUGUACACGUGAAUGAGAAAGCUGUUGUCGGCGCAGAGGACAGUGACCAUCCACGUCGCUGUCGAGUCGCUCGGGGCAUGGCUGCGCACGCCAUCAACGAUCUGCUUAUGCAGCCCUUCCACCUGGCUGUCCAAAACCCCUAGGCGGCGGUAAUGGAAUUCCCACAGGUGAAUGUGCUCGCCCGUCACUCGCAUGCAUGUGUACGCGCCACCAGUGUGCCAUCGUGCCGACGUCAAGAACUCGCGCGGGGUGGCCAUCCUCUGCGA